CUUCAUUAAUUUUUAAUUAACGAACAAAAAUGUGGAUUGGAAGCAUCAAAAAAGAGAGUGGAACUAGGCUUUCCAAGCCUAUAAGCGGAAAAGUGAAAGCCGAAAUCCUCCCAAAAAAGGAGGCUUCCGCAAUUAACGUUUAUAGAAAACGCGCUACACGGAUUGGACCUUCUUGUAAAAUCUAUCACUUUAAUAGGCUAAUACUCACCACGUGAGUUAAUAGCGCGUGAGAUAUCCACCCGUGGUCCUUUCUGUAUUUAAGCAUCGGGUAUGAAUGUAGCUUAGAUUCAUAUGAUAAUAAUGAUGAGAUAAAAAAACCAGAAAACGCCCAAAGAAAAAGAAAAACACACGAAAAAGUUGGAGUCUUUGAGUGAUAAACAAAGCUUUGAAGCUUCCCAUGCUUUGAGUUUGUUUGGGUCAAGGGAAAAGGAAGGAAAGCAGAAAUGGAAACGCCUCCAGCGGAGGAGCUGUUGAGGAAGAUCCAAGAACUGGAAGUGGGACAUGCGCAUCUUAAGCAAGAAAUGUCUAGUUUAAAACAAUCCGGUGUCGAGUCAAAGCCUGACUCAACUCGUCAAAGAUCCCACUCUACUUCCCUUCAACAUCCGCGAUUCCCGGGGAACGCAGUGGCUGCGACGACGGCUGCUGCUGCUGCUUGGAAGAAAGGUUCAGGUUCGUUUCGACAUUCCUCGCCGUUGCAAAUAGAAAGCAGAAGCAGUGACGUCGUGAAUGGCGGUGGAAAAACCGGGAAUAUAGGCCCAGCCGCCGUUAAUUUCACUAAUAGCCAGUAUUUUAGUAUAUUACAUUCUAUGGGACAAUCUGUUCAUAUAUUUGAUCUUAGUGGCCAUAUAAUUUAUUGGAACCGGGCUGCUGAAAAGCUUUAUGGUUAUUCAGCGGCUGAGGCCUUAAGGCAAGACGCCAUUGAGCUUCUCUGUGAUCCUAGGGACUUUGGGGUCGCUCAUAACAUAGUUCAUCGUGUUAUGAUGGGGGAGAGUUGGACUGGGCAAUUUCCUGUUAAGAAUAAAAUGGGGGAGAGGUUUUCAGCAGUUGCAACUAAUACUCCUUUUUGUGAUGAUGACGGUUCUUUGGUUGGAAUCAUUUGUGUAUCCAUUGAUUCUCGGCCUUUCCAAGAAAUGAUAGUUGCAUUGUCAGCUGAAAGGCAGCCAGAAGGAGAUUCAACCUUUAGCUGGUCUAAAAAUGCUGUCUCUGCUAAACUUGGUCUUGAUCCUCAGCAGCCUUUGCAAGCCGCAAUUGCAUCGAAAAUUACAAAUUUGGCUUCCAAGGUGAGCAACAAAGUGAAGUCCAGGAUUAGGACAGGAGAGAAUUGUGUUGAUCGUGAAGACGGAAGUGGUGAUAGUCAUCAUUCUGAUCAUGGUUUCUCCGAUGCAGCUCUUUCUGAUCAUAAAGAAGAUGCAACUUCUAGUGGAGCCAGCACACCUAGGGGAGAUGUACACCCAUCUGCUUUUGGUGUCUUUGCUCCUUUGGACGAGAAGUCCCCGGUAAAAACCUCUAGAGAUUCUGGUGAUGAGAGUGAAGGAAAACUUGCAAUCCAAAAGAUUAUGGCCUUAAUGGGUAAGAAAGGGAUAUCAUGGCCUUGGAAAGGGAAUGAUCGAGAAGGAUCAGAGGCAAGGACUACACGUUUUGUAUGGCCUUGGGUGGGUAACGACCAAGAAAAUGAAACAUUUCAACAAAAGAGCCCGUAUUCUGGUACAAAAUCUGAAGGCCAUGUUAAUGAAAGUAAUAAACCUGUCAAUAAUGAGGCAUCUGGUUCCUGGUCUUCCUCUGUAAAUGUUAACAGCACAAGCAGUGCCAGCAGCUGUGGGAGUACCAGCAGCAGUACUGUUAAUAGAGUUGACAUGGACUCUGAUUGUUUAGAUUACGAAAUUUUGUGGGAAGACUUGACGAUUGGAGAGCAAAUUGGUCAAGGUUCUUGUGGAACUGUGUAUCAUGGUCUGUGGUAUGGAUCAGAUGUUGCUGUCAAGGUAUUCUCAAAGCAGGAAUAUUCAGAUGAUGUGAUACAUUCCUUUAGACAGGAGGUAUCUCUGAUGAAAAGACUUCGGCAUCCAAAUGUUCUUCUGUUCAUGGGAGCUGUGACUUCACCUCAACGACUCUGCAUUGUCACAGAGUUCCUUCCACGUGGGAGUAUGUUUCGCUUACUACAGAGGAAUACUACCAAAUUAGAUUGGAGACGGCGUGUUCAUAUGGCUUUUGAUAUUGCACGAGGCAUGAAUUAUCUUCAUCAUUGCAAUCCACCUAUCAUUCAUCGUGAUUUGAAGUCUUCAAAUCUCCUAGUUGAUAAGAAUUGGAUUGUGAAGGUUGGUGAUUUUGGUUUGUCGCGUCUCAAGCAUGAAGCAUAUCUCACAACUAAGACCGGGAAAGGAACGCCUCAAUGGAUGGCGCCAGAAGUUCUUCGUAAUGAACCCUCAGAUGAGAAGUCCGAUGUUUAUAGUUUUGGAGUCAUAUUAUGGGAGCUUGCUACUGAGAAGAUACCUUGGGAUAAUCUCAAUUCAAUGCAGGUGAUUGGAGCUGUAGGGUUCAUGAACCAAAGGCUAGAGAUUCCAAAGGAAGUAGAUCCACGGUGGGCUUCUAUAAUUGAGAGUUGCUGGCGCAGUGAUCCACAGUGCCGGCCAACGUUCCAGGAACUAUUGGAGAAGCUUAGAGAUCUUCAAAGACAAUAUACUAUCCAAUUUCAGCAAGCUCGUAACUUGGCUGGAGAUGGCUCUCAAAAGGAAUCAUGAAGCAAAUGUGUGUUUUUGGUUCCAUUCUUUCCUUUCAGCAAAAGCUGUAGAAGCAUGGGCAGUUUUUUGCUAACAUUUAGACACCCAUCGCUGUUCAGCUGAUGGUUACCACAAGAUUGCCGCUUAGACUUGUGGCAUUGGCAUCGAAAAACCCAGGCCAGACAAAGAAAGACGAAAAGGAGACAGUAGUUGGUACCAUGUGAGCUGCCCAAGUUGGAGGAUGAUUGGUUGGUUGUAAGAUGUUUUUUAUAAUCUGACAUCAUAAAAUAAUCUUGGAAAAUCUGUCAGUGGUGCUGUGUGAUUUAGAUUCAUGUUGGGAUCAUGUCACCUUGUGAUUUUUAAAUGAGAGCAUGUCAGGACCACUAAGGAAAGCUGUACAGAACACAAUCUACAUUGGUGUAAAUAGAGUGCGAUCAAUGUCUUGCUUUGUUACUUUAAUAAUUACUGGGUCUUCUAAAUCCUAUCUCACCGGUUCUUUUUCAUGUCCGCUUAGAAAUGUGAGUGGGAUUUGAGUCAAUAUCGUCUGUAAAUCUAAAAAGUUCCACUUAUUUUUUGCCCUUUUUCCGUUUUCAGCCUAUCUUGUCCUUUGCUUUUUGCUUCACUUCCAUUUUUUCUACCAAACAAUAUUAAUAUUGCUGCAAUGAGCUUGAUUAUUGGGUAAUGCAUCUUUUUACAACAGUUGUGGAGGUUCCACAACAUGCGCAGUGGAUGUGGCACUAGGCACUCGGCAUGGCGGCUGACCUAAAAAACCCACAAGCUGUCCAAGCCAACAUUUGGACAGAUACAUUCACUGAUUCUGUUGUUGCAUUGCACCUUUUAAGAGUAUUUUUGGGUUUAAAAG